AUGGCUGGAUCUGGAGGCUCAGAGGCUAGAAUCCCAAUUUUCUCUGGUGAGAACUAUGAGUUUUGGAGGAUUAAGAUGGUGACCAUAUUCAAAUCGUAUGGUUUAUGGAGUUUGGUAGAGAAGGGUUUUUCAAUCCCGGAUUCAAAGAAGAAGAAGGUAUCUGAGGACAUCUCAGAAGAAGAAGUUGAUGAGAAAAUAGCUGCGAUUCUCAUGAAGGAUGCGAAAGCAUUGGGUAUCACCCAAAAUGCCGUUUCUGAUCAAAUUUUUCCACGGAUUGCACAUGCAGAUUCUGCGAAGAUGGCUUGGGAAUUGCUAUAUGCUGAAUAUCAUGGUGGAGAGCAUGUUAGAUCGGUAAAACGUCAAAACCUCAGACGUGAAUUUGAGUAUACUAGGAUGUGUGAUAAUGAAUCCUUAUCUGACUAUCUUACUAGAUUGAAUGAAUUGAUUAACCAAAUGAAAACAUUUGGUGAAGUUCUGUCAAAUGAGAGGCAGGUUCAAAAGGUUUUAAUUAGUCUUAGUAAGAAGUAUGAUCCUAUAUGCCUUGUGAUUGAAAACACAAAGACACUAGAAACUGUGGAGUUGCAGGAAGUGAUUGCCAUUUUGAAGAGUCAAGAGCAAAGGCUUAAAAUGCAUAAUGUUGAUACAGUUGUGAAGGCAUUUGCCUCAUUCACUGUGAAUUCCAAAAGACAGAAUAAAAAUGCUUCUCAGUCUGGUUCAUCUAAGUCAUAG